AUGGCUUCCCGGCCUCUGCUGCCCACCCUGCUUCUCUGUGUGCUGCUGCUGCAGGCCCAGGGAGGGCCCCGUAAGUGGAACAGGAUACAGAGUGUCAAGUCCUGUGAGAAGCGGCCCAGCAUAGACCUUUGCCACAACCACUGUUCAUAUUUCCUAAAGUGUCCAAAAUCAGACACCAUAUGCUGCUCAACCUUCUGCGGGAACGUUUGCAUGAGGCUCCUGUGA